AUGGUCAAGUUCAAUUCCGCCAAUGAUAUUGGAUUCGUGAGGCUGUGUGGCGAGCUGAUCAGAACUUGGCUAAGAAUCCCAAGUUCACCAUAUGCUAUGAAUGAGAAGGAUCGCCAGUGCCUUAAGGACUUAUGGGCGACCGACCUUAAUGACGACAAGACGCGUAUACAGCAGAGUAAGGGUGGCCUGCUGAAAGACUCAUACAUCUGGAUCCUCAAGAAUCCCGACUUCCAGCAAUGGCGUGACAAUCAGGAGAGUCAGCUUCUCUGGAUCAAAGGCGAUCCCGGCAAGGGUAAAACAAUGCUACUUUGCGGUAUUAUUGACGAGCUGAAGAAGUAUAUCACUAAAACAAGUCUUUUGUCCUUCUUCUUUUGCCAGGCCACCGACUCAAGUACCAACAACGCCACAGCUAUUCUUCGUGGCCUUAUCUACCAGGUUGCCACGCAGCGGCCAUCGCUCAUAGCGCACGUGCGGAAGGAGUAUGAUCAUCGAGGUAAAGAUGUAUUUGAAGGUGUGAAUGUCUGGAUUGCCUUGUCUUGUAUCUUUACAAAUAUCCUAGGGGACCAAGUCUUGAAAAACACAAACAACUUCCUGAUUAUUGAUGCUCUCGACGAGUGUAAUACAAACCUGGUGUUGCUUCUUGACUGGAUCGUCCAUACGUCGACAGCGCAUUCAAAUGUCAAGUGGAUAGUAUCCAGUCGCAACUGGCUGAGCAUUGAGGACCACCUUAGUACCGCGAGAGAGGAAGUAAGACUGUCUCUUGAGUUGAAUGGAAAGUCCAUUUCCGCAGCCGUUGCUAUAUAUAUCGAGCAUAUGGUUGAAGAACUGGAGAAGAAAAAGAACUAUGGCAAGGAUACACGGGAAGCUGUCCAGUGUUACUUAUCCUCAAAUGCGAACAAUACCUUUCUCUGGGUUGCCUUGGUUUGUCAAGAGCUCGCAAGCCUAAAAGUCAGACGACAUCACACUAUCUCGAAAUUGCGUGCGUUUCCCCCAGAACUAGAUCACCUAUACAGGCGGAUGUUGGACCAGAUCAGCAAUUCAGAGGAUGCUACACUUUGUAAUCGCAUACUAGCUGUUCUCUCAGUUGUGUAUCGGCCUCUUCUAUUGGACGAACUCGAAUCUUUCAUCGAGCUGCCUGACAGUCUCCCUAAUGAGUCUCUGGGAGAACUCAUUGAGCUUUAUGGUUCUUUCCUAACCCUUCGAGAACGUACCAUUUCAUUUAUCUAUCAGUCUGCCAAGGACUUUUUAGUCCAGAAGCCGUCGAAGGAGAUUUUCAAAUCUGGGAUAAAAAAUAAGCACUAUACCAUCUUCUCGCGAUCACUACAAGUAAUGUUCAAAACUCUUCGGCGUGACAUUUACAACUUAAGGGCUCCAGGAUUGCCUAUCAGCAAGAAGCUUCAUUCACUAAAUGAGAGAGAUCUGAAAUCAGACAAGUAA